AUGUCUUCUCGUUACAGACCAAAGAAGCCAGUCGGAACGCAGCAUAGCAUGCCUCCGCAUCGCGGCAGUGCCGGGUCGCAAGCACAACAAGCUCGUCCUGAAGGAGGACCUAUCGCGUCAGUUCACUUAAAGCCAACAGACAUCACGAUAUCCAAAUCUUUAGAGAAGAAGUUUCCAGAGAAAGUGGGACUAUUCAACAAGUUGAAGACAAAGGAAAGAGAGCUCGACCUUAUGAUUAACAAAAAGCUAUUAGAUAUUCAGGAUUAUCAACAAUCUAUAGCAGGAGGCUAUUCUCAAGAGGAUGCUAAAGACACGGAUAUCUUGAGAAUUUUUAUCUACAACACGUCAGAAAGUCAGCCAUGGCAAACGGAUCCUAACGAUGAUACGGAGCAGCAACCAGUGUGGACUCUUCGAGUUGAAGGUCGCCUUCUUGGAGAGAAGGAACCUGCAGAUUCUCCUUCUCGCAAGAAGUUCAGCACAUUUUUAUCGUCGUUGAGCGUUGAACUAAAAGCUAAAGAUGGAAAGAAUGAUACUUUAGUGAUUAAACCAGCUCCUGGCGUUGGCGGUGGCCACGAGAGUCCCAAUACGCGCAUCGUUGAGUGGCACGAAGAUCCACAGAUGCCAGAGGCUGAAAGAACUCAAAAGCAGUUUGAUGGAAUGGAUAUUCGCCGUGGUGGUUCGUCAAUUCCCCAAAGUGAAGUGCCAAAGGGAGAAAAUGUAGAUUCAUCAGAAAAGGAAGUCAUUGCCAAUAUAGUGAUUCAACCCAAGAUGUUCCCCAUUAAGCUUCAGAUCGUGAAAGAUUCCUUGAUCGAGUUACUGGGAACCACUGAAAUCACGCAGUCCGACUGCAUUCACAAGAUCUUCAACUACAUCAAGGUUAACAACUUGUUUGAGGUGAAAACUGUUCCACACUCAGCUUCUGUGGUUACUAACGGGCACGUUCAACAUCAGCAGAUCCAACAGGCACCUCAGCAACAGAAGAAAAUCGUGACAAUUAAGGCAGAUGACUUAUUGUACAGGAUAUUUGGACUAAACACUCUCACGCUUCCACAGAUGAUGGAAAUGAUUUCCACUAAACUCUUGAAACCGAUCGAGCCAAUUAAAAUCCAGUACAGUAUCAACACUUUACGCAGCACCACGCUGGGAGAUGUCGUGAUUGAUUUGAAAGUGAACUCAAAACUCAUAGAUCCUCAUAUGAAACCAGGGGCGGAAGAAAUUGCAUCUAUCAACAGACUACUUUCGGAGCAUGUGUUGAACAAGCAGUCAUCAGAGGAGCUUUCUCGAUUGAUUGAUAACUUACGAUUGAACAUGCAAAUGCUCAAUUAUUCGAAGCUAAAGUAUGACUUUUACCGCAAACUCAGUGAUGAUCCUGUGGGCUUUCUCAGGAAGAUUCAGGAUCGCAACAGUGAAUACUUGAAGAUCUUGUCGAGCGAUUCGAUGUCGUUUGGUGAGAGUGGCAAUAUUGACGAGGAAGUUGUGAGAAGAUCUGAUUUCUACACUGAUGAGUUCCUAAGUCAACAUAUAAACCUACUUUUCAACAGUGGUAGAAUCUGA